AUGGAUACCGAUAUUCAAGAUGCGGAGACUCAGUUGAAGGUGAUUCACAAACUGUCGACCAGAAAGAACUCUUCGAGCGCAGUGAAAGAAUUCUACGAUAACUGGGCUGAUCAGUACGACAAGGUCUACGACCAUGCAAACUACAAUGGACCAAUGGCAUGCGCAGACACUCUUGGAAAAUUCCUCGCCAAUAGGAGCGCCCGCAUCGUCGACUGUGCAGCAGGAACGGGGAGAGUAGGUGUACAGUUGGCUAGACUCGGUUUCAAGCGAAUCGAUGCUGUAGACUUUUCACAGAAAAGUCUGGACAUCAGCACCUCGAGAGGAGUCUACGAGAGACUCAUUUGUGAUCAUCUUGGCAGCAACAAGAUUAAAAACGUUGAAGAUGGUUACUAUGACGGAUUGAUCUGCGUCGGUGCUCUAUCGAUAGGUCAUCUUACAUGCGAUGUCUUCCCUGAAUGGAACAGAAUAGUCAAAAAAGGGGGCUUAAUGGUGUUCACUCUGAGCUGGACACUGGUCGAAGGAGACACCCAAGAACAUAAAGACAUCAUCCAUGACAUGCAGGACGCCAUCAACGACAACAUACAGAAAGGCAGAUGGGAACUAGUCGAGAAAAUGGAUAUAUCAUUGAUUUUACAAGACGGCCGCGCAGAUAUGUACACAAUUCGCCGCAUGUAAACAACCACAAAAACUCACGAUCGCAAUAUAAG